CCAGUCUGCUCAGACUCCAUCCCCUGCGAGGAUCAUGCAGCCCAGCUGACCCAGAGCAGGAGAAACUACCACAUCCUCGUCAUCGUUGGUGAUGAGUGAAAAGCAGAGCGGGCUGGAUGCAUUUUUGCGAGUUUGCUGAAGGCUGCAGAUCAGUGACAGAUAUCUCCUCAAACUGCUGCGACAACAGGAAGCGCGAGAAAGAGCGCCACCGACAGAACUGAAACCUGCGUCCAACAAGCUUCAUUUCCACCAUGUCCCCCGACUGUCUGUGAACUGAGGCGAUGGAGAGCCCGUCGUCCACGGUGAGGCGGCGAGCCUGGAUCAACAGCAGCCGGCAAUGGCCCACUCUGGAGGAGCAGGACCUGGAGGGACCGCUGUGCAGCCUCCCCUCUGCUUCUAUCGCAGAUGAUGAUGUCUUUCCUGAAGGAUGCUUCACAGGAACGAUUGAGAACUGGCUCCUGAGUUGUGGGUCGGAGUCCAGCUCACAGAAGACUGGUCAGCUGAGUUUUGAGUCUGUGCUGAGAGGCAGCAACUUCGAUGAUGAGCUGAGUCUCGGUGCUGAUGCUUCUUUGUUCAAUGGUGGAGAGAUUUCAUCUGGAGCCGGCCUCGCACACCAUCCUCUCUCCCAACAAGGUCGCAGCAGACUCACCAGUACCCCUCGUCAGGGACUAUGCCUGCCGACAAUGAGCUUGGGCCACAGCAUGGCCUCCAGCUGCCUCUCCUCCUCCACCUGUAAUAGUAGAUCAAGUAUAUCCGAGGUCCUGCAGAUGUGUUCGGAGGAUGCUGAGGAGACGCUGUAUGAGCUGGGUUUUGGCUGCGAUGAGCCCCAGGUCACAGUCCGCAUCCCUCCCCGCUUCUUCACCUUCCCCUCCAUGAGUCAGGGCAUCAACUUCCGCCUCUUCCUGGACUCACAGCUACGGCGGAUACGAGAGGAAGACCCCAGCCUCUCUCUUGCUAGUCGUUUCAGACAAGUUCAAGUGCUCACAGCUAUGGCCAACGCAUUCUACUCCCUCUACUCUCAUGUGUCCCGCACUCCUCUACAGAAACUUGCCACGCCAGAGUUUACCUUUUCCUCAUCUCCCGUGGAGAGGAUGGAACGCUUCAGGAGCAGCAUCCGCAGCGAGCCUCGCUCCCCAGUGGAGAGGCUGAAGGACACCGUCUCCAAGAUGUGUCUCUACACAGGCUCUCCUCGUGGCUCAGACUCCACCUCUCCACAGCCCUCGCCCAGUAAAAGGCCGAGCCUCCCUGAGUUUGUAGAUGUCGUCCUGGAGAAAGUCAAGACCAAGAAACUGGAUUUGGGGGAUUGUGAUGGGAAUAGUUCAGCUGUGGAUCUUGGGCUGCUUGCAGAUGGUGAUGAACUGUGUAAGAAUGAGAAAGAAGAGCAAACGCAGCAGACAGUGGCUGGCACAGAAAUUCUCCAAAGUGGAGAUAAGAUCUGUCAUGAGGAGAUGCAGGGCAGCAAACAAACUGAUAACGCUGAUGAAAACGGUGUCAAACAUGGAGACGUUGACAACAGUACUCACUGUGUAAGAACAUCGCUAGCAUCAUCAUUAUCAGGAGAAACUGUGAUAGAAACUCAUCAUGAGUUUCUUUUAAUGCAAAGUGACACAAGGACUGCUGAUCUGAAACCAGUUACCAAGGUUACGUAUGAUCUAAUCUGCCCGCAGAUAGUGGAGAGUGUGCACCAGGCGCCUUUCUGCUGUCUACACACUCAUAGCCCAAAAACACAAAACACUUUACCUUCUCUCUCCUCUGAGGCAGAAAGCAUACAUAGAUCCAGUCCUGCUGGAUCACAUGACCCUGAUAUACAAACUGCUGUCUUUGAGCCUGAUGCUACACAGCUGGAAGCAUCCAGAUCACUUCCUGUCCUGUCCCCCAGUCGUAGCUACACCCAGUGCUGCAUCACUGUGACCGGCUGGGAUGGGGAUGACGGCUCCUCCUGUCAUACUUCAACUGUCACAGCCAUCCAGACCUGUGAGGAGUCAUUAAACGGGGGGAAAAGCCGGUACCUGAAUCCACUGACGCAUCAGAGCCAUGACUCCAAUAACCUGCAACAGGUUAACUCCUUUGAGCUGGAGGAGGUGCAUAGUGCAGGAGAGGAAGAUUUUGGAACAACAACCUCCCCGUUGUCCAGAAAUCUUCAAUACAAAGGUGAGGUGGUGCGGGGUGACAGUGUGCAGUCAGACAGCAGUGGCUACGCGGAUGAAGAAGUCAGUCACUCAUCACACAUACAUAGCAGAUGACAGAAAACCAUAACUCUAUGUAAACAUUAAAUUGUAGCGUUUUCUUGCCCAGAGUUUUUACUACACAAAAGAAUUUAGUGACCAAGCAAGAGUCCUCUAGUCAAACAGGCCUUUAAGAUUGAAAGGACAGUUCACCCCAAAAUCAAAAUGACAUGUUUUAACCUCUUACCUGUAGUGCUGUUUAUCAAUCUAGCUUGUUUUGGUGUUGGUUGCAGAGUGCUGGACAUAUCAGCUGUAGAGAUGUUUGCUUUUGAAAAACUCAACAGCAAUGUCUCUUUCCAGAAAUCAAAUUCCCAAAAAUCUAGACUGAUAAAAAGCAAGAGUUAAAACAUGUAUUUUUGAUUUAGUGGUGAAUAGCUCCUUUAAGAUAUCAUGGUAUUGCAAGAGAUUUGGUCACAUGUGAAACUUUCAGAAACUUUGGAAGCUUUUUUCCCCCAAUAAAAAAAGUUCCUGCUAUGCAAAGCAUUAGGUGUCUCCCCAGUGCUCAUACGUAAUACAGAAGAUUGUAAAUAAGUGAUUUAACAGGAAAACUGAUGAGGUUCAAAGACCUUAAUAAAUACUGUGUGGACCAUAUUUUAUUUAAAUGGUAAUCCAAGCAUGUUCAAGUUAUUACAACAUAUGGCAGUAAAAUGUACAAAAAUGUUUUAUUGGAAACAAAGUCAAUUUCACACAGAGCUCACAUUGUGUUUUCUCUAACACUGGGGAACUUUUUUGACUACCACAACAAAAAGGUCCCUCUCAAAUGUACUGAUGCUGACACUGAUGUUAAUGGUGUUUAGAAGUUCCCUAUUUAAACGAGCAGAAAACAAGAUGCAGAUCUGCUUUUUCAGAGAAUGAGGUUAACAUCAAACACAACAGAAACUUGGUCAGCCUGCAUUGUGCAAAGGGAAUUGUCUUUUUAAGUUGUGCAAACUGUUCACUUACUGCAGCUGAGCGCAAGGCAGUUUUUAUGUAAAUGCAGUAAGGUGGGAGGUAAUGAAUCCUUACACCAAGACACAGCAAGUAGUUGGAGAAUAUAAUCUGGAAAAUCAUCCAUUUUUAAACAUCAUUACAGAAAUCAUAGUCACAUUGAUUAGCAAAAUAAUUCACAGGGGAUCAAAUUUUAAAUGAACGAAUACUGGGGAAAAUAAGCAUAAACAAUACAUAGAAACUCCAAAUAAGAAUAUGUGGUGGGUUCGUUUUUCUGGUCUAUGAUAUUGAAAGUCGAAAGACAUGAAAAUAGUGGUUUUUAAGAAUACUCAGAGUACUGUUUCCUCUUUAACCCUUAUCAUUAACUGAUAUUUGUCUUACACUGAAAUGGGAUUUGCUCCUAAUGCAAAGACUGUGCUAAAGGAAGUCUUGUACAUUUUAAUGCUGUGAUAAUUACACUUCACAGUGUUGUUUGCACUUUAAGGAGUUAUCAGACCAAUGAGUCGGAUUUAAAUUCUAUAGUAAUGUUGGAUAAUAUUUUUUAAAUUACAAUAAAAAUACACAUGGUAUGA